AUGCUCGUGCAGUUCGAGCGUGGCAAAUGCCUAGUUCGUAGUGGCAAGAACCGUGCCCAAAUAACUUCUUGGGCUGCUUUGCCCGGCCCCUGUUUAAGCCGCGGCGGUGAGACCGGGGCCUGGCAGUUGUUUGCAGCUGGCCAGUUUGCAGUUUGCUUUAUCGACUUGUACCCGGAGGCACUUUCGGAGUGGGCUCGGGAACGCGAGGCUGGGCCACAGCACGCAGCAGGACCUCAGCCUGGCAUUAAAAAGCAACAACAAGAUGUAUUAGGUUUCUUGGAAGCCAAUAAAAUCGAAUUUGAGGAAAAAGAUAUUGCAGCCAACGAGGAGAACCGGAAAUGGAUGAGGGAGAACGUCCCCGAAGACAGCCGGCCAGCAAGCGGGAAUCCCCUCCCGCCCCGACUCUUCAACGACAGCCGCUACCUUGGGGAUUAUGAAGCUUUCUUUGAAGCCCGAGAGAACAACGCGGUGUAUGCGUUUUUAGGCUUGACUGCGCCACCUGGUUCAAAGGAAGCUGAAGCGCUGGCAAAGCAGCAAGCAUGAAUUUCAACUGCCUUAAAUGCUUUGCAAAGGGAAUUUCCACGGCUUUUUAUAAAACAGUAAAAUUGUCUCUGCUUCAAGAAAAAUAGAUGUGAUUUCUAACAUUUGAUUGGUGCUUGCAGCAUUCACAGUACAUUAACACAAAUUUGAACACAAGAUGAAAAUGUGAACAUAAAGGGAGAAGACAUGGAGUGUGUUAUUACAAAGUUGGAAACAUAGGAAAUUGAAGCAAUUAGACAUGAUCGAUUUUUCAAAUAGUUUAAAUUGUCUUGGCAAUUUGUCCAUUUUGUGUAAACGUAAAGAAACUAUUUUAGUACUAUUAAUGCAGAUGGGGUUAUACCUAGAUAUCCAACUAUUUAAAAAUACAGAAAAAAAGCAACAGCGUUACACUUUAUCAGAUACUAACUUUAGUGCCUGAGUUGCCUCAAAAAUGUUGCUGAAAUAUACAGGAAUUUUUCAGUGUCUUUUUAGAUUCUGAUUUAAGAUGAAAUUGUAGGGGGUGUUGUGUAGUAUAAUAACCAUUGUAGUCACUUUUGGAAUUGAUGUUUGUUCUUUUGUAGAAUGGAUAUUUAAAAUUGUAUUGUAACACACUGUACAGAUGAUAAAAGAAAAGAAAAAUGCCAUGUAUUUCUCAUGUAAGUGAUUCACGUGGGCUCUUCCUACAAAGAAAAAGGGAUUUGGGCAAUGGACAGCCUUUCCAUUGGCAAGUUGGCCACGUAGCUGCCUAGGCAUGACUUUUACUACAUGCUUGUGUGCAAAACUCAGUGCAUCUCAAUGAAAUACACGCUAAUUUCCAGGUAGUGUUGCAAAUAAGCCAAAACGGCCAGAAAUGGCAUUUCCUUACCAGUGUAAGGGUGAAAGCCUUUAAUGUAAUUCUUUACAAAAAUACCGGUUCACACUGCUUAUAGUAAUUGCGUAUCUUGGUGCGUGGUAGUAAUUAGUUGCAUAUAGUACUUUUUUCAAAUGAAGAAGUAGUGUUAAGUGUUUGAAUAGCAAGAACUAUUGCAAUUGAGCAGGACUUUUUUUUUUUAAGGUUUAAAAACUUAUUUCUAUUGCCAUUGCCUUAUCAUGAAGCUAUUACAGGAAUUGCAAAGCUAUUAAAAGUAUCUUGUAUUGGUGAAUUUACCUUGUGCAAUAUUAGCCUGUGUGUACUCCCAGUGUUCAUCAGAUAGCCUACGUUUCUUGGCCAUAUUCUGCAAAAAUAUAAAUAAGUACAAGUGCCCUGAACAAUAAGAAAUGUGUGUGGCUAAUUUAAAAUGCAUUCUGCACCACAUGAUGUACUUACUCCCCGAAGCAACAAAAGACAGCAAGAAAGAUAAUUAGUCUUUGUAAAGUUAGAGGAUCACUCUAAUAGCUCUGCACACGUGCAUUUUAGUUUUCUUUGCUUUAUGUAGAUAGAGAAACAGGUGGUAUAGCUCAGCAAAAGGCUGCAGCAUAUCAUCCCAAUGCAGUUACUUAAACUGAUGCUGUAAAACUGAGGCAGUGCUUUUAAAAUAUUUUCUAAAACGGCUUACAGCUUAUAGUUUUAAAUUCUGAAAGUAGGAGCAGGACAAAAGAAAAAAUUUAUGUUUGCAAAGACCGGCUAAAGUGCAGUAAUGCAAUACUUCUCUCACCAACAUUUGUAUGGGGCUUUUGUUCCAUUCACUACAACUAAUGAUUUUGUCAGCAUCCAUUAAAAGAGAAAUGCAGCUACUUGCUUCUGGUUGGAGAAAGUUCUUCUAGAGAAGAUCAUCAUAAAACUUCCACAGAUGUCAGAGUGAAUGCAUCUAGUGUGGAGCCAAGGUAGUUAAGUUUUUUUGCUGCUCUUUUUUUCCCUCCCUGAUUUGGGGGCCUGGGAGUAGCUAGCUGUCUGAAGCUUGUGCUUACAAAAGCAGGCACAGUAUCAAAAUACAGAGGGAUGGAUUAAUGUUGCCUCAUCGUCAAGAUUAACACAUGCAUUUGUGCUUUCUUAUUAACAGGCUUUAUCAGUAAUUGCUGACGUUUUGUAGACUUUGCUUUUAGGAUCUUUUCGGGAUGGAAGGUGGGUUGCAUUUUACAUCCAGUGUCUGAUUUUAAUCAUUCACUGUGAUUGCAUCAUUCUAAACUGAGGUGAGCUUGCUUUCUUAAUAUUGGCAUAAUCUUUCUCUUUGUCUAAACCUACUGGUCAAGUUUUGGAGAAAGUAGGAAAGAAUACUGGGUGAAGUUUUGUGAAGAAGGUGGAAUUUGACACACAAGUCACUAUACUCGUGCUUAUUUGCAGUUUCCUGUGUAAGGAAAGUAUGGCAUAAGUUUUGUGCAUUACGGUCAUUAUUUUGGAGAAGCUGUAAUUGAAAGUGACUGCCAAAUUCUGUCAGUUCAGUGACCCAAAACAUUCUGAAAAAAGGUCAAACUCUAUUUCUAAGAGUCAAGAAAAUCUCCAAGUUUAAGAAAGCAAAGUCAGUUCCCUCAUCUAGUCCCCCUGUCCUUGCCAUAUGGUAGCAUUCAAACUAUCUGCAUUCCUAAGAAAGUUCUGUCGAGACAGACUGAAUUACUUCUUUGUCCGGGGAACAAGGCACCAACACAAACUGAAAAAUACCUAAAAUCUUUCUGUUGUGGGCUGUGUGUAAAACUUGCCUUUGUUUUGAUGAAGACCUUUUGCAAUUAGGAGUGGUAGGGAUGUGUUCCCUAUAUGCUACUUCUCUGGUUCACAUACUUGUUUUUAGGUUAAUGAUGGCUGCAACAAUUGAAUUUGUUCAUUUCUUUCUUGAACACUGUAUUUUUACUAUGUAGAAGGCAGGCAAUGAGUAUUUAAACUGUAUAUUAACCAUUCCUGAAUCAUUCCAAUAAAACUGUUUCAGAAUGCUUUCUCACA